AUGUCGGCCGGUACUCCUGAGCAGCGUGAUCGCAAUCACCAGAAAAAUAUCCAAACUAUACUGGAAGAACUGGAAAAUGCUAGAUUAGCUUAUUUCCCCGAUGAUGAACCAUUCAUACCGGAAGAUGUAAAGAACAAGGACCUAUACCAGUUGAUUGUGAAGAACUUCAGCGAGGUGGUACAGAAAGUUGCGCACCUGAUGGGACAGCAGUCAAUUCCGUUCUGGUCACCUAAAUAUGAAGGACAUAUGUGCACCGACAUGACCAUGCCAGCUCUUCUGGGCUAUUUCAUGACUAUGCUGUACAACCCGAACAAUGUUGCUUUGGAAGCAAGUCCAUUCACGACCUAUGCGGAGAUUGAAACGGAAGAGCAGCUUUGCGAGAUGUUUGGGUACGAUGUUGGUCCCAAUGAUUCGCCCCGGGGAUGGGGUCACAUUACUGCUGACGGGGCAAUCGCCAAUUUGGAGUCUAUCUGGGUGGCCCGCAACCUGAAAUACUACACAUUAUCGCUCUACCUUGCUAUCAAGAAAGGAAAACUACACUUCUUGACUGGCAAGUUCGAGAUCGAGAACUACAAGGUGAUGGUGGAUUACAAUAUCCAAAAUAUUAGUAGAAGCCAACUGGAAGAGGAUUUCCUGGAGACUGAUGUUGUCAACGACGUGAAGUUCCCAUUCAGGUACAUGGUAGGAAAGACUCGCCAUUACUCUUGGCCCAAAGGCGCCGCAAUCGCUGGUCUCGCCUCCGACUUCAUGUAUGGAAUCAAAGUAGACCUAGAGGCGAGACUCGACGUCGAGGAACUACGAAAGGAACUUCAAACUUGUUUCGACGAAAAGCGACCCGUAUCAGGGGAUGAUUUCGAGAAGAUGGGAAUGUCAUUCUUGCUCCACGCCGAUGCGGCAUGGGGUGGGUAUUUCUCCACCAUGCUGCCGAGAGGUAAAGAGCUAGAACAACAAGCUGAAGACCUUAAGAAACAAACGACUUCUAAAGACUUUGUUCCAAGUUUAACCAUGAAAAGGCAAACAGCUGAGGACCUCAAAGCCCUCAAACACGUGGACUCUAUUAGAGUUGACCCACACAAAGCCGGUUACGUUCCAUACCCGGCAGGCAGCUUGGUGUACCGGGACGGCCGAAUGAGGUUUUCGACUCCAGUAUGGGAAUCUUCGGCGCUGAGGGAAGUAAGCCAGGAGCUGCAGCAAUGUCGACGUGGCUCUCAAACAAAACCAUCGGUCUCAUUUAAUACGGCUAUGGAGCACUCCUUGAAGAGACUGCAUUUACCAGUGCUAGAGAUGUUUAUCUGCGUUCCCUUGAAUCGACCGCCCGCAGAGAAUGGAAAUGGUUACUUCUCCACAGAAGCCAGAAAAGAAAGGGAACUCAUUCGAGACAAGUUCCUAAGAAAGUCAAAUGACGACAUUGCUGCAGCAGACGAGGAUGGAAAGCUGAUGGAAUUGCUCCGCGAGUUGGGAUCGGACUUGAACAUCAACGCCUUUGCUCUAAACUGGUUUGAUGAGCAUGGACACCUAAAUGAGGACCUGGAAGAAGCAAAUAAUCUCAUGAAGAGGGUUGUUGACAGAUUCUCUGUCAACUCUUCAGACAGUAGUCCGACCACGCGACCGCUAUACCUGACCUCGACGGAAUUCGAGCCUGAGUUGUACGGCGAAUGCGCACAAGAGUUCAUGCACCGGAUAGGCGUGAAGAAGAUGCCGCAAAAUCUAUUCGUAUUGCGAAACGUCGUCAUGAGCCCCUUCCCUACGGAUAUGAAAUUCAUCGAUGGGUUGAUGCGAGAGUUUAAGAAAGUUGUGAUGCAGGAGGUGAUUGUCAGUCGGGAACGCAACAAACAGGGCCGUCAGCAGGCAUCGUGUCUUAUGCAGGGUACGGAUGAGGUGUUCUUGGUUUACCAGCCCUCCUUCCAUGAAGCGACUAAGAAGGAACAAAUCAUCGUGACCGCCGAUAUUUGGCACAAAGGCGAUUACGUGAGCUUGAAAAGAAGUGGGAAAUACAAGCAGAUAACGUUGGAGUCACAUCACAACAUCAACCUUGAAAAGAAAUUGAAACUAUUGGCAUGGAAGAGUUCAAGGCCACUGAUGACAGAAAAGGGGAAGAAAGAAGGUCAGGAUAAAGAUGAGGAUCACAAUAUAGACUAUCCGGAAGGAUCUAUGCAGCCAACUCACGAGCCUCUGCCCGAUAAAUUCUUCUUCCGUCAAGGCUCGCAAAACCUGCGGGUGAAGGUGUGGGAAGAUCCCUUUGAUGCUUGGGCAGAGGGUCCAGGCUUACUGAACAACCUUGGCAACACCAUUGCUGAAGGUACGAUGAGUCUGGGUAACGAAGUGCAGGUGGAUGCAGAACCUGUCAAUUAUGACCCCAAUGGAUCGGUGCCGCCUGACCCUAGCGGCUGGCAGCAAGAGUUUGAUGCAAUCGGAAGUGUAUUGAACACAAACUGGCCGGCUGAGUUGACUGUGCCAGAAAAAGGGUUACCUAAUUAA